UAAAUACAGAAGAAUUGGGCUAUCCAAGUCAGUUAGAAUUGGUUUUCGGUCCUGAAGUAUAGCAUCCAACAAUCGGGAAAGGGAUUAAAGCUUCAGGAUACAAUUAAGGAUAAACACAAUAGAAUGUUGAAGUUUGUUUGCCUAGUGUUGAUAGUGUCAACAGGAGUUGUACGCCCUGAACCUCCUGUCAGCUCCUACCUGCCGCCGGGGCAGCAAUCACCCUCAUCAUCAUAUGGACCUCCGGGAGCAGGCGGCCGAAAUGGAAAUGGUUUCGGACAAAGACCGUCCUCAAGCUACGGUCCCCCGGGAGUAGGUGGUCCAGGCUCUUCUUCUGAUAACUACUCGGGUUCUGGCCAAUCGGGAUCACCACCUUCAUCUAGCUAUGGGCCUCCGGCUUCUGGACAACAAAACGGUUUUGGAUCUGGGGGCGGUGGUGCUGGUGGUCGUCCUUCAUCUUCAUAUGGUCCUCCUCAAAAUGGUAACGGCCGUAACGGAAAUGGCAACGGUGGCGGUCGUCCACAACAACCAUCAAGUUCUUAUGGCCCACCUGGCGCUGGUUCUCAAAACGGUAAAGGAAGCACUGGAGGCGGAAGACCCUCGGACAGUUACGGAGCACCCGGUCAAGGUGAAAACGGCCGACCAAGUGGUGGUGGAUCCGCUGGAAGACCAUCUGAAUCUUACGGGGUACCAGGUUUUGGACAACCAGGUCAAGGUGGACAACAGAAUGGAGGCGGAUCAGGCGGCAGACGACCCUCUGAUACAUACGGAGCCCCUGGUGGAGGCCAAUCAGGUCAACCUUCUGCUUCCUACCUGCCUCCUGGACAACAAGGAGGUGGUGGAGGUUCAGGAUCGCAAGGCGGUGGUCAGGGUGGUUUUGGCGGAGGAUCAGGUGGAGGAUUAGGUGGAAGUGGGGACAGUGGUUAUGACUACAGUGAAGGAGGCGGACGUGGCGGCGCAGGCGGCUUCGGAGCAGGUGGACGUGGAGGUGCUGGUGGAUUCGGAGGCGGUGGACGCGGUGGCGGCCAAAGCGGAUUUGGUGGUGGCAAUGACGAUGGUUCCAAUGAGCCAGCGAUGUAUGAAUUUAGUUAUGAAGUAGAAGAUGCCCCAAGUGGUUUGUCAUUCGGGCAUUCAGAGAAGCGUGACGGAGACCUUGCAACUGGUCAGUACAAUGUUUUGUUGCCAGAUGGAAGGAAGCAAAUUGUCGAAUAUGAAGCUGAUACCGGCGGUUAUAGGCCACAAAUUCGUUAUGAAGGUGAUGGGUCCGCUGGAGGUGCAGGAGGUGCCGGAGGUGCAGGAGGAUUUGGAGGUGGAUUUGGAGGUGGCGCAGCUGGGGGCGCUGGUGGUGAUGGUUUCGGUGCUGGCGGCGCAGGAGAUGAAGGUUAUAAUUAUCCAGGUGGACAAAGCGGUGCAGGUGGAGCUGGAGGGGCAGGCGGUGCUGGAGGACCUGGCGGAGCUGGAGGAUCUGGGGGAGCAGGAGGAUUUGGUUCAGGAGGUGGAGAUGAAGGCUACAAUUAUGAUCAACCUGGCAGUGGACGAAACGGCCAAGGUGGACAAGGUGGACGUAAUGGUCAGCAAUCAGGUGACGGCGGUUACUCAGGUGGAAGACCAGGAAACGGUUUCGGCUCGAGUGGAGGCAACGGUCAAAAUUUAGGGUCUAAUGGUUACUCUAGUGGACGUCCCGGAAAUGGAGGAAGUGGAGGUCGUGGUGGAAACGGUGGCAGCCAUGGCGGAUCUGGCCAAGACUUAGGAGGAAGUGGAUACUCAAGCGGAAGGCCAGGAGGUAACAACGGAUUUGGUGGAGGAAGUAAUGGCUUUGGACAGGACCUAGGAAGCAAUGGCUAUUCAAGCGGUCGCCCUGGAGGCAAUGGCAAUGGUAAUGGAAACGGAGGAGGCAGCGGUCGUAAUGGUGGCAGAAAUGGUAAUGGCGGCGGCAAUGGCAAUGGCCGUGGAGGAGCUAGUGGAUACAAUUAUGACCAACCAUCAUCCGGUGGUGGCGGACGCAACGGUGGAGGCGGCGGAGGUAGCGGAGGUAGCGGAAGUGGCGGAAGUGGUGGAGGUGGCGGAAAUGGUAGUCUAGGCCCAGAUGGAUACCAGUACUAAAAAUUAAAAUCCAGCAUGACACCCAUUACUCAUCCACACUUAAGUUUAUCUCAUUGUUACCAUUUAGUUACAUUUCGUACGCAUUUAUACUUAUAUCAAGCAUUGCAUAAACAUUUCGUUUAUAUUUAUUGAAGCAUCGGAUUAUAAUAAAUACUAUGAUGAAGAAGUA